UUAAAAGUGAGUUGAUAUAAUUCUUUGCAGAAACUUCAGGAUGAUCUACAGGUACUGGGUCAAAAAAUUAAGUAUCAUGAAGAUAAUCUUAAAUACUUGAAGACCCUGAAAAACCGAUUGGGGGACUCAAUUCUAGAUAUGCAAGUUUCCCUCGGAAAAUAUCAUUCAGCAAGUUCCUCCAUGAUGGAAAAUGAGGAACCUGCCCAGCUGAAGACCGAGGCAGAAACGGUUGAGCAUAUUCUUAGGCACGAGAAAUCAGCAGCUGCCAUUCUCUAUCAGUUGAAAAUUCAACAUGAAACUCAGGCUUCUGAUAUUCAAUUGACAAAAGAUGUGCUCGGUGUUGUUGCUACACUAGGAAAAGUUGAUGAUGACAACCUUAGCAGGCUUCUUUCACAUUAUUUGGGGCUAGAAACUAUGUUAGCCAUAGUCUGCAAUACCUACGAAGGCGUUAAAGCUCUUGAGGCAUAUGACAGAGAAGGUUUAAUAAAUAAAAGUUGCGGCCUUCAUGCAGUUGGAGCUUCUAUUGGUAGGCCCCUUGAUGAUCCAUUUCUUGUCAUUUGUCUUGAACAUCUAAGACCAUAUGCAGGGAAGUAUAUAGCUGAUGACCCUCAAAAGAGGCUUGAUCUUCUAAAGCCAAGAUUACCCAAUGGGGAAACUCCACCUGGCUUUCUUGGUUUCCCUGUGAAUAUGAUCAGAAUUGACAUCACAAACUUAUAUUCUAUUUCCAACACUGGGCACGGCCUAAGAGAAACACUAUUUUAUAAUCUCUUCUCGAAUUUGCAAGUAUACAGAUCAAGGGAAGACAUGCUAAAGGCUCUUCCUUGUAUUGCGAAUGGAGCAAUAUCUCUAGAUGGUGGGAUGAUUAAAAGCACUGGAUGCUUCUCCUUGGGUCAUAAGGGAGCUGUAGAUGUCAAAUUCCCUAAAAGCUCUGAAAGGUUGAACCUACCGGAGAACUAUUUUGAAACUGAAAAACGAAUGAAGGAGACCAGAUGGAAGAAGGACAGAACAUUGGAAGAUAUACAUAGAGAGCAGACACUAGUAGACCAUGCAAAGUUCAACUUCGAAACAAAGAAGCGAGAGUUUGUCCAGUUCCUUGCUGAUAGCUCAUCAUAUGCAGCUCCGCCUUGUUAUCCGCCCGGACGUGUAGAUACGCCCAGAUAAUUUCGUGGAGCCUAACUGUGUGCAACCAGCAUCAGCACCAGAGGGGACAGAUCUCAGAAGCAUUUUAUGGCAUGUUUGGUAUUGAAGACUGUAUUGCGCUGGACACUAGGAAUCAAAAAAAACAAAAAACCAUGUUCAUUUAUGUUUCAAAGUCGUGUCUAAUAGUGCUUACCAAACAUGCACUUGAUGAAAUGUUAAUUAAUCCAUCUUCGACUUGCAGUUGCACAUGUUUCUCUGUAAUCCAAUUUCUAGUGAGACGGGAUUAGCAAAUUCUAGUAUAUGCAUUAUUGGUACUGCUUUUAUGCUUUUCACAA